UAGAAAGCUUUUUAGUUUCAUUUCGCACUUUUUACCCGAUAUUAAACGUCUUCUCAACUUUUACUGUCUUCCAUUCACAGUCUAGAGUUGGACCAGUUAGUUACCAGGAUAAAGUUGAAAUCAAACCUCAAUCAUAGCUGAUUAUUUUGUAUCCAAGUUUCAGUUUUAAACAUCUAAAAAUGACUUCCCUUAUUCAAUGUUUACCUUUGUUUUCUUUAGUUAUAUUAUUAACAAUUUCAAAUGUUUUGGGUAACAGCACUAAUUGUGAUGCAUCAGUGGAAAAAAUGGAUAAAUAUUACAAAGAAGCUUUGUUUAUCAAGCAAGGAGUUAAAUUUCCCUCGAAUGAUCAAGAAAUAGAAGACUAUUGUAGGAAUGGAAAAUUAUUUGCCAAUGAAGUGAAGAACUUCAAUGAAUGUUCAAAGCCUUUUCCUCGUCAAGUUGUUCAAAUUAUUGGUAAAAGCUUGAGCAAAACAAUGAAGUCCAUGUGUAAAGCAGGAAAACCUCGUCAAAAAUUGGUCAAAGCAUUUGAAUGUGCAACAUCGUCUUAUCACAAGACUGUCCAGGAUUGCGGGUUAAUUUUGGUCAAUCAAAUUUAUCUUUCCUCAUUUAACAUGACUUCGGAACAAUUGUUUCCUCUAAUUUGUUGCUCAUUCCAUUCACUCAAAGAGUGUAUUUUAGCAGCUCCUGUCCCAGUCUGUCCAGAUGAAAAGUUUAACCUGACAAGUUACUUCAUGACGCAGAUUGACAAACUAAUCAAAGAUUUUACAGACCUUCUUUGUGGCCGUUGGUCAACAUUGAAACAAUGUCAAGAAGUUGCUCCAGAAGUUUUUGAGUAUUUGGGUAAAUUGAAUAACGUUUCAAUAUUCAAUAAAGACGAAUCCUUGCUGGGAACUAUUUUAGAAAUUACAACUAAAUUGUCUGAUGAAUAAACAAAUGCUGUAAACUGUUUAACUUACAAUUUAAAUCUUAAUUAUGUAUACUUUUUAUUUUGCAAAUUACAAUUUAAUAAAAGUUUUUAAACAUUCCUAA